AUGAGCAGCUUGGCUUAUCCGCUCUUCCGGCUCCCGUGCCGCUGCUCCCUCGCGGCGGCACCGGCGUCUCGGAUACCCGCACCUGUGUGCCUAUCUGCUUCGGCUUCCGCGGAUGCAGAGGGCGAGCUGACGGCGCGGGAAAAGAGAGCGCAGCGUCGGGAGCGGCGGGAGCUGCGUGCGACGGACUGGAAGGAGGAGGUGCAGGACCGGCUGAUCCACGAGCCGGCGCGGCGGAGGAAGAAGCCUCCUAAGCGGUCGUGGAGGGAGGAUCUCAACCUCGACCUCCUCGCCGAGCUGGGGCCGCAGUGGUGGCUCGUGCGCGUCUCCAUGGCGCCCGGCACCGACUACGUCGACCUCCUCACCAAGGCCAUCUCACGACGCUACCCGGAAGUCACCUUCAAGAUUUACAAUCCAUCCAUCCAAGUAAAGAGGAGAUUGAAAAGUGGUGCAAUCAGUGUUAAAUCCAAGCCUCUGCAUCCUGGGUUGGUCUUUCUGCAUUGUACCUUAAACAAGGAGCUUCAUGACUUCAUCAGAGACACAGAGGGUUGUUAUGGCUUUAUUGGAGCUACAGUUGGUUCAAUCAAGAGGCAGAUUAAAAAGCCAAAACCUAUUCCAAUUGAUGAAGUUGAAUCAAUUAUUAGAGAAGAGAAGGAGGAACAAGAGAGAGUUGACAGAGAAUUUGAGGAAAUGGAGAAUAUGGGAAAUGUUGAACCUUUCAGUAAACCUGUUGAAGAAUCUGAACUUAUGUUAAUGAAUAAGAUCAAGAAGCAGUUUAAGAAAUCAUCCUCAAAUGGUGGCACUAGACACAGUGCUUUUUCGCCUGGUGCAACUGUUCAUGUUCUCUCUGGGCCUUUUGAAGACUUCACUGGUUCCAUCCUGGAAGUGAAUCGCAAAAACAAGAAGGCCACUGUCCAGUUGAUACUUUUUGGGAAAGAGAGCUUUGUGGAUCUUGAUUUUGAUCAAAUUGAGGCAAUUGAAGUGGAUGCCAAUGAUAGUAAACUAUGA